CACGCACAAAGCAAAUCAAAGAGCAUAGCAGAGAGAGAGCGUGUGAGGCGAGUAAAGUAAUAACCGACAUUAACGCUAUAAAACCGUUAACUGAUUCUUCAUUUCCAUUUCAAAUCCCAAUAUACUAUAAUCAAUCAAUCACACCCAAUUCAAUUUCAAUUUUCAAAUCUUCAAUUUAAUUUCUAAUUUUGAUUCAUGGGUACUUCUCAGUCCCGCGAAGGCCGUGAAUUCUCCGAUUCCGACUCCGAUUACGACGAACAAGAACCAGAACAAGAAGAAGAUCAAGAUCAAUACCAAGACGCUCAAUCUUCAUCCCAAUCACAUUCCACAAACCUCGACGAUGUCGACGCUAAACUCAGUGCCUUAAAACUCAAAUACUCUUCACCUUCAAAAUCGCAAUCAGAGACAAAAACACCACUUCCCAAAAACGCUGUCAAGCUUUACCUUCACAUCGGCGGCAACACUCCCAACGCUAAAUGGAUUCUCUCCGACAAACGAACCUCCUACGCCUUCGUCAAAAACUACGAAGACGAGGAAGAAGACGAACAAAACGAUGUUGCUCAAGGUCAAUGGAUUCUCAAAGUCGGUUCAAAAAUCCGCGCUAGGGUUUCCACCGAACUUCAAUUAAAGAUGUUUGGUGAUCAACGCCGUGUAGAUUUCGUCUCCAACGGUGUCUGGGCUCUUAAAUUCCCCACCGAUGAAUCCUACCGGAAAUUCGUCACUGAGUUUCAAAACUGCACGUUUGAGAAUGUUUACGGUUUAUCACCGACGGAAGAGAAUAAGGUUAAGGUUUACGGGAAGGAGUUUAUCGGUUGGGUGAAGCCGGAAGCCGCGGAUGAUUCCGUUUGGGAAGAUGCAGUUUCCGAUGAUGGCUCCGGGAAGAGUCCGGAGCCUUAUCGAUCUAGAGGUGAUUUGAUGGAGGAGUUUGAAGAGGCUGCAAAUGGUGGUAUCCAAACCCUAACCCUAGGGGCUCUUGAUAACAGUUUUUUACUCAAUGAUGCUGGUUUUCAAGUGUACCGGAAUUUUGACCGGGGAAUUCGGAAGGGGGUUGCUGUGAAAUAUGGAGGGAAUCUCCAGCAAGAGACGCCUAAUAAGGCGUUGUUGAUGAGGGCAGAGACUAAUAUGAUGUUGAUGAGUCCUAUGAAUAGUGGAAUGCCACAUGCUUCGAAGCUGAACCAGCUUGAUAUAGAAACAGGGAAGAUUGUUACAGAGUGGAAGUUUGAGAAAGAUGGGGCUGAUAUUACAAUGAGGGAUAUCACAAAUGAUACUAAAGGGUCACAAUUGGAUCCUUCGGAGUCAACAUUUUUAGGGUUGGAUGAUAAUAGGCUAUGUCAAUGGGAUAUGCGUGAUAGAAAAGGAAUUGUUCAGAAUAUAGCAACAGCGAAUUCUCCGGUUUUGCAUUGGAACCAGGGGCAUCAAUUUUCAAGAGGGACAAAUUUUCAAUGCUUUGCAACUACAGGAGAUGGUUCAAUUGUGGUGGGGUCUCUUGAUGGGAAGAUAAGGUUGUAUUCGAAUAAAUCGAUGAGGAUGGCGAAGACGGCUUUUCCAGGGCUUGGUUCACCUAUUACAAGCGUUGAUGUUACUUUUGAUGGAAAGUGGGUGUUGGGUACAACUGAUACUUAUUUGGUCUUGAUUUGUACAUUGUUCACUGAUAAAGAUGGGAAGACAAAGACUGGUUUUGGUGGUCGUAUGGGAAACAGGAUAGGUGCUCCUAGAUUGUUGAAGCUCACUCCUCUGGAUUCACAUUUGGCUGGAACUACCAACAAGUUUCAUGGUGGCCAUUUCUCAUGGGUCACAGAGAAUGGUAAACAAGAACGCCACCUUGUUGCAACUGUGGGCAAGUUCAGUGUGAUAUGGGAUUUUCAGCAGGUAAAGAACAGUGCUCAUGAAUGUUACAGGAAUCAACAAGGGCUGAAAAGCUGUUACUGUUACAAGAUAGUAUUGAAGGACGAGUCAAUCAUAGAAUCACGGUUUAUGCAUGACAACUAUGCUGUUAGUGACUCCCCUGAAGCUCCGUUGGUGGUAGCAACUCCUAUGAAAGUUAGCUCUAUCAGUAUGUCCGGAAAGCGAACCCGUUAAACCUCUGUUUAUAUUUUCUUUUCUAUUUUCCAUUUGAAGGUUUCAAAUUUCUAGUGUUAGGAGUGCUUUGAACAAUUAAUUCUUGUAUUUAGUUUGUGCAGAAAAUGUUAGGUUACCAUGUAUCUCUUUUCUUUCUUACACUGGUUAUUUUGUGAUUACAAGUUUGGUUUUGGUUAUUACACAAGUUUGGGUUUGCAAAGACUGAGGAAAUGUCCUUUUUAAUUUCGAAAUUAAAGAAAGAGUAGUUUGUUUUCA